AUGUUCGCACCAAUGGGGCAACAUUGGACGCUGGCCCGUAUUCGUUGGUGGGGUGGGUGGGCCAUUGGUGAACACCGCAAUACAUUAAUUAGGUACCUUUUAGACGAACUGUACACAUACGAGGAGGACCACAGUGACGCUUUGUGUCCUGUCGAUUAUGAAACUAACAUGUCGCAUAUGGGCGAGGCCGGUGAAACAUGA